UCGAUGGCCACCCACCUCCUGCUCCCCCGCCUAGAUGGCCACCACCUCCUGCUUUGCCACGUCGCUCCCAUGGAGCCGCCACCGCGCGCCAUAUUUGCUGCGACCAGCCCCUCAGUCGCCGCGUGCUCCCCCGGCCUUGCCACGAGCACACCAAACACCAACGAGCUCGAGGCCAUGUCUUACGAGCCAUGCCACGAGCGUGGUGCUGCAACCCCGACAGUCGCCAUUGCUAGAGAUGGCGGUCACAGGAGCUACAAUCGGCAGCAGACAGUGCUGGAGCGAGCGGCGGCGAGGCAAUUUUUGCUGGAAUUGGCCUUUUUUUGCUGCAAUGGGCUACUAUUUUGUUACUACCUUGACCAGCAAGCACGACGGAGAGAACGUGAUGCUACAACCGUUGAUGUGGGAGCUGCACCCGCAACUUGGUUUUGCUGGAACCGGUGACAGCAGAUAGCUGCAUCAGGUCACUGCGGCAAGACGGAACCGUGCCGUGAGGUGCUGCAACUGUGGCUUUGCUGGAACUGUUGCCGCAAAGAGCUGCAAUGUCAUCACGGCGAGCCGGCGAGCUUCAAGGCCUGCGAUAAGAUGGUGCAACCAUGCACAUCAUUGCUGGAACCAGAGAGCUUUUUUGCUAGAACUAGCGCGAGUGUAGCCUGCGAGCAUCGGAUCGGUGGGAUUCAUGGAUGCUGCAACCGAGGGUGAUGGCGCCGGCGAGGCGCGAUGCUUUGGAUUAGCAGGGCGCGGUUCCACGCCCGAGGGCAAUAGGAGGCGUGGUACCGAGCAAGAUGUGGGAUGAGGAAGGGGCAUUGGGGACGAGCUGCACGAGACGCGGGAGGGAGAAGGAGCUGAGUGAAAACUGUUUCGGCAAAUCGAGCGGCCCACACUAGUCACAUCUUUUUUUUUUCAAUUCUCGCCAUCUUUAUUCACUGAAAACAAAGGUCAUAGGUACAAGGUUUGGGUAAUGGGGAUUGUCCCACCAAACAUGUCUACCUACGCCUACAUUACAAGCAAACUUAGCGAGAUUAUGAGUCUCAAAAUUAAAGUUCCUACACUCAUGUAUAAAAG